AUUUACGUGCGGCUCAUGUAGAGAUGCAAGUCGCACCGCUGUACUGAAACAUGAAGUCACCGUGUCAACUUUAUCUUAAGUUACUGUUGUAUUGAUGAAUGUUAGCACGCGCUCUGUAGCUAAAGCUAACCGCCGUUAGCAAGCAGGAGUUUGUGUUAGCCUGUGGAGCCACACUGACUUGGGUUAGCAUCGCUUCAUGUUAGCUACCCCUGCUAUGCUAACGUUUCCAUUAACUGAGAAGAGCUUCGAGUUGCUUGUCAAGCUGGUUGGUUAGCGUUAACUUAGCGCAACAGUUACCAAACCGCUUUCCAACCGUUUGCGAACAAGAAGGUCGGUUAGGCUAUGUAGCUAAAAUGUUGACUCUGCAGCUGAUGAGUAACGUAAUACCAGCGUGUUAUCGUGUGCUAACCGUUACUCGGGGCCUAAGGGUUUCAAAGCAGAUCAUUGUGAUCAAACUGGACCACAAACAUGAUGUCGUUCGCACUAAUGUUAUCACCUCUCUUGGUGUUAAAUGACUGAUCCCAUAGUGUGUUGCUUUGGCCCUACACAAACAGCCUGUAGUGCUAAAGUACAGAGCUGAGUAUGAUUCCCUGGUUGCGGUGGAGGUGAGGAAGCAUGGGGUGGAUCUCUGAGGUGUCAAGACAAACGUGAUGACAGCAUGGUCCUUGUUGGAGAAGCUCAAAAUGGAAAAACACUCAUGUAGGGAGGAGAACAUUGACUCUAGCGAGGCGCAGCAUGCCACUGACGAAUCUGAGGAUGGAAGCAGCUCUGAAAGUGAGUCAGAAGAACGACGACACCAGAGGCUUCAGGUGAACAGCAGCGGCAGCAGCAGCAUCUGUAAAAAGUGGGAGGCUGGGGCUGUCACUAAACCACACCGUCAGCUUUGUCGCUCUCCAUGCUUGGACCGGCCCAGUUUUUCCCAGAGUAGUACCGCGGUAGAUUUCCGUGAGGAUGAGAGCAGUGUGGGACCAGGGAUCAAGGCUGCCAGUGACAGGGAAUACCAGGCCAAGAUGGAGUUUGCUUUGAAGUUGGGCUAUUCUGGAGAGCAGGUGGAGACUGUGCUCAACAAGCUGGGAGCUGCCGCUUUAAUUAAUGAUGUUCUUGCAGAGUUGGUAAGGCUCGGAAAUAAAGUGGAACCUGAAGUUCAACCUUGCAGCAGUACAGCCACACUGAUAUCACGGUCCCUCUGUGUGAAGGAGAUAGUUAGUCCAGAAGUGUCAGUGGAAGAGGAAUCUGUGGAUACCUAUGAUAACCUCAGGCCUAUUGUCAUUGAUGGAUCAAAUGUGGCAAUGAGCCAUGGAAACAAAGAAGUGUUCUCUUGCCGUGGGAUGCAACUUGCUGUUGAGUGGUUUCGGGAGAAAGGACACAAAGACAUCACUGUGUUUGUCCCAGCCUGGCGAAAAGAACAGUCAAGACCUGAUGCCCUCAUCACAGAUCAAGAAAUAUUACGCAAGCUGGAAAAAGAGAAGAUUCUGGUUUUCACCCCUUCUCGGAGAGUUCAGGGCAGAAGGGUGGUGUGCUAUGAUGAUCGCUUCAUAGUGAAGCUGGCUUAUGAUUCUGAUGGAAUUAUUGUGUCAAAUGACAACUACAGAGACCUGCAAAACGAGAAGCCCGAGUGGAAGAAGUUUAUAGAAGAGCGCCUCCUAAUGUACUCCUUUGUCAAUGACAAGUUUAUGCCACCUGAUGAUCCUCUGGGAAGACAUGGUCCAAGCCUGGAAAAUUUCCUCCGCAAACGCCCUGUUGUUCCAGAGCACAAAAAACAACCCUGCCCCUAUGGGAAAAAGUGCACAUAUGGACACAAGUGCAAGUACUAUCAUCCCGAGCGUGUGAACCAGCCACAGCGCUCAGUGGCCGAUGAACUACGAGCCUUUGCCAAGUUGUCUGCAGUGAAGACGAUGAGCGAGGGGGCUUUGGUGAAAUGCGGCACUGGUCCAGCAGCUGCAAAGGGGGACAGCAGCUCGGAGGCCAAACGCGUGGCACCCAAACGUCAGUCUGACCCCAGUAUUCGCGCAGUGGCCUGUGAACCUUCAGAGGCACUGUCUGUCAUUAGGAAGUCUGAGACAAAUUCAGUGCCUUCCCUCGUCUCUGCUCUCAGUGUGCCCACCAUGCAGCCUCCUAAGAGCCAUGCAGCUGGGGCCUUGAACACACGAUCAGCCAGCAGUCCAGUGCCAGGGUCUCUACAGUUUGCUCACAGUUCUCUGGAGCACAUGUCCAGUGUGCAGUACCCUCCCAUUUUAGUUACUAACAGUCAUGGCGCCUCUGUUACAUACAGUGACCAGUUCCCAAAAUACGACUCGGUUAGUGACCAUGGAUAUUACUCACUGCACAGUGAUUUUUCAAACAUGAGCAUGAGCAGCAUGCAAAAUGUUGAUAGUUUCUGUAGCAUGGAGCAUGAGCAUGGUGUGUAUCAGAGAAAUCUCAGCCACUGCCCUGAAUCCUGCCUGAGCCAUUCAAACAGCGACUCCUUCUCCUCCUAUGUGGACCUAUACCCAAGUUCUGUGGACAGCAGCCUGGAGGAGAGCAUGAAGGGACAGCAGCAGUCUCCUGCUCAGGGCAGAAUGCACACUUUCUCACAUGGGUUUCGCCAUGAAGCGCUGACCAGGGUACAGAGUUAUGGACCAGAGGAACCCAAGCAGGGCCCCCGUAAGCAGUCUGGGUCUCAUCUAGCACCACAUAUCCAACACGUUGCUGUGGGAGCCAGAUCUAGCUGUCCUGGAGACUAUCCCCUAACUCAGACUGCCCUGCCACCUCUGUCCUCACAGCCAUCACGCUCACUUGGUAUGACCCGUAUGGACAGUAUAUCAGACUCACGACUAUAUGAGAGCAACCCAAUGAGACAUAGACGACCUCCACUGUGUCGUGAGCAGCAUGCAAGCUGGGACCCUCUGCCUUGUGGUAAUGAGUCCUAUGGCUAUCAUUCAUAUCCACUGAGUAACAGCCUGAUGCCAUGUUGUGAGCGAGUGAUGGUCCGCAGCAUGCCUGACAAAAUGGAACAAAUCUGGAACUCGCCAUGGGAAACCCUGUCUGCAGCUGAACACCAAGACCGGUAUGUUAUCCCAGAGCACCAGUAUCAAACAUAUCGGAACCUCUGUAACAUCUUUCCCGCUUACAUAGUGCACUCAGUCAUGGAGAAGAAUCCUCAUUUGACAGACCCACAGCAACUCGCUGCCGUUAUUGUUACAAAACUAAGGUCGUGCCACUGAGCAAUUUUAACAUAGGACACACUCAGAAAUGAUGAGAUGAGGGAAAUACUGAAGGGAUUUUUAUUUGCAAAGAUAAGCCACUUGUUUAAGGUUGCUGCAUGUGCAACGUCUACCCUCAGGAGUUAGUAAUUUUUAAGUGUCUGAUGGAAAAUCUGAUUUUACAUCACUAUAAUUACAGAGACCUAAGUUUCUCCCAUAAGUUUAAUUUGAAUUUUGAGUUGUUUGACAUGUGAAAUAUGGUGAUGUUCAUGUCAGGUUCUAUCGUAUUAGAAUGACGGUUCAUAACACAUUCAUACAACCUGAGCAGGAGCUGCAUAGCAGCUUUCCAUCAUAACCUUCAACACAAUAGAAAUAUAUUGGGAAUGAGCCGAUAUGAUACUUCUGUUUAGGGAUCAGAUACUCAUCAAAAUCUCUGGAUCAGAUAUCGAGAAGAACAUGCAAAAUCUGAAGAAAAAAAGUGUAAAAUUACAAUAUCGAAAAAUAUCUUAUCAGACAUGGAAAAGUGAUAUCGAGCCAUCCCUAAAAACAGUCCUGGGCUUUUGAAAGUCUUUUUGAUCACUUCACCUUUGAUUGAAUACAUUGUAGAUAAAAUUAUAUUUAACCCCUUUUUUUCAAGAUUUGAUGAACAACGGAAGUACGGGAGAUAUUCAGGACUAAUGGAGCUAGAUAGUGUAAUAGUAAACCUUGUGCUAAUGUGAGUUAUUGUGACUCAUAUCUAAGUCAGUAUUACUGUGUUUUCAUUUUAAAUCCGCACAAUGUAGGAUUUCAACCUUCAAAUAACUGUUAAUACAUCAACUUAUAACAGGGUGAAGGUCCCCUCUGUCAAAGUCUGAGCUGGUCUGCAUCGCCUGCUUUGGAACUUUAUAACUUCUGGUUUCAGGUCCAUGCAACAGAAAGAACAACAUUCUACUUUACAGCAUAUGUCACCGCCUUACUGGCUACUGUACCUGGUCUGAAGACAUGGUUGUUUGUACAUUAGAAGUCCUGCUUCAGAGUUCAACAGUAUUGUGUUACCUUGACAUAUAUUUUAUAACAGUUGUAACAAAUAGUACCAUUCAUCAACUGUGGGGGGAGCCUGUGAGCAAAUCCAACAUUGUGUUACUUUAAAAUAGUGUUUUCAGAUAAAGUCCAUGCUAACACAGCUAAAAACGUCUAUCUCGUCCCCAUCCAGUUACACCAAUGCUCAGCAACAUCUUCCAUAUUUGCCUUAUUUGAUUUGACAUGCACAUACUUUAACACACCUACUCCAUAUACAUCCUUGUUUAUGAAGCUCUUGUUCAGGCUCUCUGAAUGUUAUAAAAGAAUCGUAAGUGCAGUUUCUGGUGCAGUGGAACUAUAUAUAACAGAGCUUAUGUCUAUGUGUGCUUCUUUUUAUUCUGUGAUUUUAUUUUGAAGAUAAGUAAGAAGGAGAAAGGCACAUAACCUCACAGCAUGAACUCCAACGUUUAAUGGCCUUAUAUCUGAAUGACCUCACGCUUAAGUCAUUGACUGAUGGGUUUCAAUCAAAGGCAUUGAAGCCUCUUAUAUACUUUCAAAUGUAAAGCACUAUCUCAGUAUCUAAAGAGAUCUAUUUUCUCAGCCUCACUGAAUUAACAAAGCUACUAUUUUGGUAGAUCUUGAACGUGCACAACACAAGUCAAAAAGGAGAUUUGACUUGUUACAGAUGUGCACAUAUUAUGUACAUAUAAUCACACAAAAGCCAUUAUUUCAGAGUCAUUUAUAAGCUGCUAAAUAAUGCCAAAAAGAUAGUUUAUAUAGUGUUGGUGUUCUACAUAACUUAACAUUUUGGUUCACAGAAUUGAUUGGAUUAUAGACUUGACAUCUGUUUAGAUCAUUUCCUAUUGUGUACAGCAACCUUUCUGGUUUUAGUGGAAUUUUCUAUUUAUAUACUUGUCUAUUUUGUUGUGCUGAUUCUUUUCAUUGUGAAGAGAUUCAAAAUAUAUUUGGUUCAACCAGUAGCUCUAAGUGACGGUUUGUCAGUGGAGCUUUUUCAGAAACAGGUUAAUGUUGGUUUAAAGACGACUUUGGCAUGCGCUUGAGUGGUCCGUGAUUCCCGGUGUUUGUCAUAGACUUACAAGUGAAAAAUGAGAACACAAGUGCAUCUGUCAUAUCAUAUUUAACCUGUUUCUGAUGUGCAUGUCAACUAGUGAAACUUUGGAAAUUCAUUACACAGGCCUCAUCUGUUAUGAGAUAUGGGCAAGAUGCAGCAAUUUUCUAUGAAAAGAUUGAAUCAGUCUUGACGCCACAGUUAAAAUGUUUGCACAAGGAAUUAAAAAAAAAAAAGACUGUAAAUUUGACUCUUUUGUUGUAUUUGUCAGAUAAAAUGAUCGAAACCUGUUUGAAACAGUUUGGCCUUGGAGCUGGUUGAUUUUGUGUCAAGUAUGAAGUUUCGAUAAUUGUAUAAAAAAAACAAGUUAAUGCUAGUAGGAAGUAUGGUGGAGAUGAAGUUUGUCUCCUUUUUUGGGGUAGAUUGCUCAAAUACAGACACACAGUCCACAUCACACAUGCGAGCAGUCUCUAAGGAAAGGAUCGUGGACGGGUUUGGAUGUGCCUUGCAGCACAUUGCUCUCAGGAUGCUUUUCGGUUUUCUACAUUUUAGUCUUUUAUUCUGCCAAAAACCAAUGGUUGGAGGCAAUGUUCUACUCUGGUCUAGUAGUGAUAUAUAUAUUUUGUGAAAAUUCUACAUGUAACAUGUAGUAUCUUAACAUUUUGUUGUGUACAGUUGUAUGUGGAGAUGGCAUUGCAAAGCCUUUUUUGUGUAUAUCCUUGUUAUGCACCUCAAGAUGUAGUAAACGGAGCUAAGAGGGUGACUUUACGUGAUGCUGCCUCAGAUGGGAUAAUGUUUGUGUUUGAAAAAGUUCCCAUGCGGAAGGUGAACAUGAGUGUCGAGCUGGGCAAUAUGGGGGAAAAAAUCUUAUUACAAUAUACUUUUUUAAUACCAUUUGAUAUUGAUAUAAAUCAAAUCAAUAUGUCCGUAAGGCUGGGCGAUAUGGCUUAUAAAUAAUAUCUGGAUAUUUUUUAGGCUAUAUCCCCAUAUAGGCGAUAUAUGGGGAUAUAAAGCUGCACGGGUCAUAUCUCUGACUCAAGAAAAGGAUUAUUUUUUGUGUUUAUUACCUUUCAUUUCAGAUAAUACCUGGUUUAUUUCUUUGGCUUUUUAAUGUUAAAUGAAGGAUAUUUUUGUGUGUUAGAAACAAUGACACUGACUAUAAAUAUGGUCAAAUUCUGCUAUAACAUAAAUAAUUACGCUUAAAAUUAAAGAAAUGUUAUUAAGUGACCUAUUUUAAAUAUAAUUUUGUUAAUUCCAUGAUUGUUUUAAUCAAUAUAUAAUAUUGAAUUUAUAAUAUUUAGUGUAUUUCACAAAUGUGUUUAUCAAUGCAACAGCCUUUAAAACCAGGAAAAAUCAUCACAGGAACCUUAUCAUGAUAUGAUGACAUCCAAAAAUCUAAGACCAUAUAUUGUCACAUGUCACUUUAUAGAUAACAUAUUGAUAUAUUGCCCAGCCUUAUGUGGGUGUUUGGUAAGCAGCUGAAAUAUUUAAUAUCCUUUUAUUAUUUUACAAUAGUUGAUUACCUGGCAAUUGAUGAGUUGAUGAUCUUGUUUGGACAUCAUUAGGCUAAACCUAUGGCUUAAUUAAUGAGGCUCAUUAUCAGUGUAGUGCAAGAAGAAUUAAACCUACAAAUGCAGAGAAGUUGUACCAUAUAAAGACAACCUCAAGGUGAUGCUUGGGAGUGUAUUUGAAGGGAUUGCCUAGUAUCAGUUUUCUUUUCAGUGUGGUUGUAUGAGGUACUCACUAAUUUUCAGUGCUGACUGCCCUUUGUCCAGCCCCUAGGCUGAGAACCAGAUACUCACACUCAAAGAAAGUGGCUAUCUUAAGAAUGUGUUUGCUGCUUUAUCUCACCGAUGGCCUUUUCUGUCUUGAAACUGAAGUUUCAGUCAUUUCCUUAACUGCUCACUCUCCCACACCAUUGAGAAAUUCAGCAAUUUUACAACAUGCUCCACAGGAGUCGUUGCCUCCAUUAGUAGGUUCAGAUCUGUAAUUUUGUCACUGCAGUGUUUGAAAUCCUUCCCUGUUUGGAUUUACCUUAUUGAUGCAAGCACCAACAGCUCCUGUGUCCCCAUGUGCUUAAAACGCAGAUGUUAAAGAGUGAGCAUUUUAAAAAGUUUCCAGCUAGAAAAAAGAGAAAUUAAGAGUGUCAGUGCCUCAUACAACCAGAAUCCAGAAAACCUGGACUAUUACUAUAAAGGGAAAUUCCACAUAAUUUCAGGACUCUGGUAAAGUGCCCUGCUUAAUAUUAUUGGAGUGCAUGAAUGAGCAUUACAAAUUUACAGUUUUGUAUUGCAUGGGGUUCCCUUGUGUUAAAGAUGCCAUAAUGCAUCAAGUAAAAAAAAAAUUGACAAGAGGACAGAUUUUGUUGUUUUGAUGUUUUAUUAUAAGAAAUAUUUAAAAACACAAGACGCUGAUGCAGAUUGCACAAAGUUCAGCUGCGUUUUUGACGGCAUCAAAGACCUGUUUGUUUAUCCUUUGAUUUUAGGAAAGUGUUUGGAAUUUACAAAGAAGAAAAUGGUUUGAAAACUUUUAAUCUGAGUGGUAUUACGGGGCUAACUGUGUGAGCCCGAUUUUGUCUCAUUGGUGGUGUUUAAAAAAAAUUAUAUAUUUCUUCAAAAUGUUUAAGUUCAAUUGUGGCAAAUGAGCAGACACUAAGGUUAAAAAAAAAGAGAAAAAAAAGUUGAAUGUGUUUCGCCCACAUGAAUUUUGGGCUUUGCUGACUUUGUAUUUUCAUGAAAACUGACAUGGCCACCUGAGGCCGUCUGUCUGUUCAUGAGAAGGUGAAACAAACUGCCUACAUGUUUCUUCAUGUGAAACAAUCAGAUUGCAAGGCUGCUGUCAAGGUUGUUUCUGGCAUUUGGCUGAAGGUUUGCGUGCCGUCCUUUCUUCUUGAGAUAGUCGAAUCAUCAUAGAUAAUUUUAAAAAAAAAGUACAAAAUGUUAAAUAAAGGAUAGUGUCUCUGGCUAAAACUAAGACCUCAUCUUUCUCGACCACAUUAGGCAAAAUUGAUUUCUUGUGAGAGUAAGAUCUUCCUUUAACUUGGAAUAGUCCAUUGCCCAGAUGAACUUUUUAACAAUUAUAGUAUAGGAUAUGACACAAACCUACUCCAGCUUUUUUGUAGCUUUUUUUGAAGUUGUAAGACUUCCCUGAAAUGUUAUUUUGGUAAAUAUUUUUGAGUAAUGUGCUGUGCCAGUUAAUGAUCUCUGAGCUGUGAUUUAAGUUGAAUUUAACCAUAAAAUUGGAUAUGAACUUUAUUAUAUUUUCCUUUUCAACAAUACUAUUUUUAUUGUAUUGUAUAUAUUUACUGUGUACGCACUACAUUUCGAGCCCCUAAAUUUCCUCAGUUUCUGACACAGUGGUGCGCCGUGUGAAUUUCUGACAAAAAGAUAAUGUGCACUCAUGAUCAAUGCCGUUUUAAAGGGAUAUCUCAAGUGUAGUUGUAUGAGACACCUGGUCAGUGCUGACCAGCAUAAUAUGGGCAUGCUUGUUGUUACUGAAAA